ACGGGCCGGCUGCUCGGGGCGGCGGCGCGGGGGCAGCUGUCCGCGGGGCGGUGUGUCUGGCGCCCGCCUGCCACCUGGGUCCCGCCCCUCCGCCCGCAGCGGAGCCGCAGGCUCGGGACCGGCUCUGGGGGGUGGGGUUUGGCCCGGAUCGGCCGCCCCGCGAGAUUCUUCAAGCAGCUGGUGUCCAUGUUCUUAACUUCCAGGCUGUUGUAAUUUGGCCGCAUGGUGCUGUUCUUCCAUCAGGAACCCUAACUGAGGGCCUUGCAGAUAGCUCAGCCAGGUCUGGCCUUUCUAGGGAUGGUGGAGUUGGAAAAAGAAUCCUUUACUCAUCCUUCAGGAUGAAUCGCCUUCCAGAAGACAUGGAGAACGCCCUCACAGGGAGCCAGAGCUCACAUGCUUCCUUGCACAGCUUUCAUUCCAUCAACCCUACACAGCUCAUGGCCAGGAUUGAGUCCUACGAAGGAAGAGAAAAGAAAGGCAUAUCAGAUGUCAGGAGGACUUUCUGUUUGUUUGUCACCUUUGACCUCUUGUUUGUAACAUUACUGUGGAUAAUAGAAUUAAAUGUGAAUGGAGGAAUUGAAAAUACAUUAGAAAAGGAGGUGGUGCGGUAUGACUACUACUCUUCUUAUUUCGACAUAUUUCUCUUGGCAGUUUUUCGGUUCAAAGUGUUAAUACUCGCAUAUGCUGUGUGCAGAGUGCGUCAUUGGUGGGCGAUUGCGCUGACGACUGCAGUGACCAGUGCCUUCUUACUAGCAAAAGUGAUCCUCUCAAAGCUUUUUUCUCAAGGGGCUUUUGGCUAUGUGCUGCCCAUCAUUUCAUUCAUUCUUGCCUGGAUUGAGACGUGGUUUCUGGAUUUCAAAGUGUUACCCCAAGAGGCAGAAGAAGAAAACAGACUCUUGAUAGUCCAAGAUGCUUCAGAGAGGGCAGCACUGAUACCUGGUGGUCUUUCUGAUGGUCAGUUUUAUUCUCCUCCUGAGUCUGAAGCAGGAUCUGAAGAAGAAGCUGAAGAAAAGCAGGACAGUGAAAAACCACUAUUAGAACUCUGAGUGACUGCUGCGGAUAAAUGUGAAAAACUCUCACUGGAGGAAACAAACAAACGAAAAAAGAGCUGCAGAUGGAAUCUUCAAUUGAAAGUUGAAAUGGAAACACCCACUGCUGACUGUAUUGAAUGGCUAAAGAGAGUUUAUUUAUUGUUGUACCUCACAGACAUUGUACCACAUCCACACACAUUUAAUAGCCUGCCUGUGGCUGAUA